AUAGACGUCGGCUCACUUUGCAUCAAUGCAGCAGAAUGGCUACACUUACAAGCCCGUGUUAUCAAAACAAGGCUUUGCUUUAAACCAUAUUUUCCCACCAUUUGCUUUUUUGACCCAUUCGUUUUUGUUUGUUAAUCGUGUGUAUUGGGAUACAAUGUAAACUGGUUCUAUGGAUGAGUGAACAACGGUUACGAGCAGGGGAUUAGGGGACCUAUUCUCUUUAAACUUGUUCCACGUAAUCCGGGGGCAUUCCGACAGUCAACUGAUUAUUGAUUGUGUGUUCGGGUUCCUGUUGGCUUUUCUGGAAUUUCUGUUCUAAAUUUAACCUUUGUCGUAGGGGGCUAGUCCCAAUGUCCUCACCGGGAUAAUUCGUUGAUACGGUGUGAAAUAGUGGGAAAUGGAGCCGGAACAUCAGGAGAAAGAGUUUCGUGAAAACUUGGAAGAUUUAACCGAGGAAUCAGAACCUGACGGACUGAAAGCUGCCUUCAACAAAACACUGAAAGAUUUUCUUGGUCUUAAGUCGAAGAAAAAGAAAAGAAGAAAUGGACCUCCCUCAGAAACCAAUAUCGACGAAGAUAAAACCGGUCUUUUGGAGACUCGAACCAAUCAGAACAGCCGGAAACCACGUGCAGUUCCCAGCGUACCAGAGUCUGAAGAUACCAUACGUCAAUCACAGGGCUCCGAAGAACUCAACUGGUCAUACCCAGAGUCGUCCCGCCCACAAACCGAUCAUGGCCACCAGCCGUCUGUUGACGAUACCAGAUACAACUUCCGCCACGAGAAGAUCGGUCAUGCUGUCCUUGUAAUUAACAGUAUAUUUGACAGCCAAUCUGAAAGAAAAAAUGCUGCAUGGGAUUUAUACUUCAUGCGUAAAAUGUUCCAGGAGAUGGGGUUUGAAGUAAACGUUCUUGAAAACCUUACUUCUAGAAAACUUCUCACUGAAAUGAAAAGUAUACAGAAAAGCAUUACUGAAGAAUCGGACUGUUUUGCCUGUGUCCUCAGUUCACAUGGUAUGGAGGGACAAACAAGCACUAAGGGGAGAGGUCCCGAACCUUUUGUUCGAACAGAACAUUUCUUCUACACCAAAGACGGGGUUGUUAGAACUACAGAACUCCUGGAGUUAUUUAAUAAUCAGAACUGUCGAGCUCUGAGAGGGAAACCAAGGAUGUUUUUCAUUCAGGCCUGUAGGGGUAGACUUGAUGUACAGAAAGAUGACGAAGUUGACAAGGGUGUACCAGUCCACAUUAUUCAACCGGAUGUGACCAAAGACGUAAGAAAAGCUACAGAUGCCGAUGUUGGAGGCAAAUAUGACGAUUAUGCGGGUCGACGACCUGAAGAAUUCCGGAAUAAUUUUAAUGUUGUUAGCCUUAAUCCAGUGUAUGAAGAAAGAAGUGUUUAUGGUUUAUCUGGACAAUACACUGGAAAUUAUCGACAAGCACAUGGUUAUGUGGUGAAAGCGCAGGCUGUAAUGAGUAACCAGCCAAGAGAACCUCCUAGUCGCACCACAACGUACAAAAUUCCAAAUAUAGAUACCGAACCGCAGAACAUAGAAGUCUUUCAGAUUCCGUGUUUUAAUGACUUCCUGGUGAUGUUUUCUUCUGCAGCAGGUACUAUAGCAUGGUCCGAUCAGGGAAAGGGUGGCUGGCUGAUGUACUGUUUGUACCACGUGUUCCGGGACAUCACUUACACAAACGAAGAUCUUCUGACGAGUCUAACAAGAGUCUGUGGGAAGAUGGCGUUUACCAUGGAAACGUAUUGUCCCAGCACCCCUCACUACGACAAAGCCAAAUCAGCCGCCUGUAUAUAUCACAGACUUACCAAAGAUAUUUAUUUGCAACCUGUCUCUUAUAGAGAGAGAGAGAGAGAGAGUAUAACAAAUCUGAAGGGUAAAAAUAUUUGAUAUUUGUUUUGUUUUUAUUUGCUUGGUUUUAUUUUGUUCCGGUUAUAUAACAGAGAGAGAGGGAGAGAGAGUUACUUAAAGGGGUAAAAUAUUAUAUAUAUGAAGGGUAAAUACUUUACAUUUGUUUUUUUUACUGCUUGUUGUUAUUUUUAGUAUAUUAACAUUUGUUUGGGUUAUAUUUUGUCGUAAUAUUAUGUUCUAUUUAGUCAAUUACAUCUGGGCAAUUAUUAAAGUAUUACUGAAGUUUAU